CACAUCCUCAUCACCGCGAGGUGAGGCUUUGCCUCCAGCAGUAGCACCGGUGUCUUCUGAGACUGCUGCCUCGGCUUCGUGCUUUCUUCUUUCGUCCCCCUCCCCAAAGGAGUACCCUCCCCUUCACCCCACACCUUGGACGUGAACUUCUUGCCUGAGCAUUGUAAAGACUGACUGGUUUGAAAAUGGAAAACCAAGAACCCGCGGAUCCUUCUCAAAAUACCAAACAGUCUAUUAUUUCAGAGGAGUUAAUUUCAGAAGGAAAAUGGGUCAAGCUUGAAAAAACAACGUACAUGGAUCCUACUGGUAAAAUAAGAACGUGGGAAACGGUGAAACGUACGACCAGGAAGGGGCAGUCGGCCGAUGGUGUGGCGGUCAUCCCAGUGCUGCAGCGGACACUUCAUUACGAGUGCAUCGUUCUGGUGAAGCAGUUCCGACCGCCCAUGGGAGGCUACUGCCUAGAAUUCCCUGCAGGUCUCAUCGAUGAUAACGAAAGCCCGGAAGCAGCAGCUCUUCGGGAACUUGAGGAGGAAACUGGCUACAAAGGUGAUGUGGCAGAGUGCUCUCCAGCUGUAUGUAUGGAUCCGGGCUUGACAAACUGUACCACACACAUCGUGACGGUAACUAUCAACGGAGAUGAUGCUGAAAACGUGAGGCCUAAGCCAAAGCCAGGAGAUGGAGGUACGUCACCCAGCUCAGCAGUGGCUGACGUGCGUAUGGCUUAGCGCAGUGGAAAUGGCUACAGGCAUGUUGUGGCGUUCCGCUCUGGUAGCUGAAGAACAUGUGACAGUGGACGCCAGGGUCUAUUCCUAUGCUCUGGCACUGAAACAUGCAAACACGAAGCCGUUUGAAGUGCCUUUCCUGAAGUUUUAAGGCCAAAGGACAGUAGCCAUGUUUUUACAAACAAGACCACCCACCAGGCCUCCUUCACUAAGACUUUGUUAUUCAGCUUAGCUUAAUGUAGAUUUGAAAUUAGUUUUUUCAUUAAAUAAAAGCAACACAGAAUACA